GACUACGUCCUGUGCAGCGUGGAGAUGCAGGAGAAGCUGAUGCCUGCCCUGCGUGAGGCCAUCACCGAAUAUUUUGGUUCCAACCCACGGGAGUCCCCUGACUUUGCCCGCAUUGUGGGAGAUAAGCAGUUCCAGCGCGUGCGGGCGCUGCUGCGCAGCGGGCGUGUGGCCAUCGGGGGACAGACGGACGAGAAGGAGCGCUACAUCGCCCCCACAGUACUGGCAGAUGUGCAGCCCUCUGACCCCGCCAUGCAGGAGGAGAUCUUCGGACCCAUCCUGCCCAUUGUCGUUGUGGCCAACAUGGAUGAAGCCAUUGACUUCAUCAAUGCACGGCCCCGGCCAUUGGCCAUCUACGCCUUCUCCUGCGACAGCAAGGUGGUGAACCAAGUGCUGGAGAGGACGAGCAGCGGGGGCUUCUGUGGCAACGACACCCUGAUGCACGUGACGCUGACCUCGCUGCCCUUCGGUGGUAUCGGAAACAGUGGUCUGGGGAAAUACCAUGGCAAGUUCACCUUUGACACCUUCAGUCAUCACCGCGGCUGCCUGCACCGCAACAUGGGCCUGGAGGCUAUCAACUCCCCGCGCUACCCACCCUACACCCAGCAGAAGCUGGGGCUGAUGACUGCCACCUUUGAGAUCAAGCGCAAGGGCAUGUGCACCCUGCUCUGAGCAAGGCCCUGUGCCACAUACGGACUGACCAGGACCCAACCCGUGCCACGUCUUGUGUCACACUACCACCCUGAUGCAUGUUGGACAGUGGGAACUGACCCCUCCUGUGUGCCUGCUCCUCUCCAGCUUCCUGUGCUCAGGGCUGUGUGCUGUGACACAUCUAAAAUGAUGACGGUUUCUUGUUCUCACCCCACCUGGUAGAGCAAUAGUGCCCUGCUUGCUCAGGACUGGCAAUUAGCCCUAUCUCAUUUCUGUUUAGAUGACCUUCCGAUACUCUCCUACUGGCUGUUGUUUUUUUCUCUGUGUAUAACU